CAUUUAACUUCAUCUUAAUAAAAAAUGUGAUUGGGAAGAUUAAAUUAUAAACAUAAGUCCAACAGUGAAUUUGCACUUUUCAAAAAAGUAAUCGUUCUUGUUUAUAAUAAAUAUAUUUAAUUUUACCAUUUCUUUUCACACAUUUAUUCAAGAUGAGUAUUAUGGAUUAUAAUGGUGGUGCUAUUGUUGGAAUGAAAGGCAAAGAUUGUGUUGCUAUUGCGACUGAUAAGAGGUUUGGAAUUCAAGCACAAACAGUAUCACUUGAUUUUACUAAAGUUUUUCAAAUAAAUCCUCACACAUUCAUGGGAUUUCCUGGAUUAGCAACAGAUGUUUUUACUGUUCAUGAAAAAAUUAUGUUUAGAAAGAGAUUAUAUGAAUUAAAAGAAAAUCGUAAAAUAUCACCUAAAGCAUUGGCUUCUAUAGUUUCAAAUUUAUUAUAUGAAAACAGAUUUUCUCCAUUUUUUGUUGAACCAAUGAUUGUUGCAUUAGAUGAAGAAACUUUAGAGCCUUAUAUGUGUGAUAUGGAUCUUAUUGGAUGUGUCAAUAAAUCAGAUAAUUUUGUAGUAGGUGGAACUAGUGCAACUCAAUUAUAUGGUUUAUGUGAAGCUUUAUGGGAACCAGAUAUGGAAGAAAACCAACUUUUUGAAACUAUAUCACAAGCUCUUCUUAGUGCUUGCAAUCGUGAUGCCAUUUCAGGAUGGGGAGCAAAGGUUUAUAUUAUCAAAAAAGACAAAAUUAUUGUACGUGAUAUCAAAACUCGAAUGGAUUAAAAAAUUUAGAAAUUACUAAAUGUUUCAUGUAAUUUUUUUUUUUUUUUGUUAUUUAUAAACACAAAUUCAAUAAGUAAAAUUAAUAUUGGUAUAAAGCAUUGAAAAAUAUAUAAUUCUUCUAUGAAAUA